AUGAGGGCUAAUAGAGUUCGUCAUCGGAGGGAUGAUUCUCCUCUGCAUACAGCUACGCCGUCUAUUACUCCUCGUCAAGGGGAGAGUGAGGCUAGUCACCAUACUACUGAUCCUACUUAUAUUCCAGAACCUUCUGUUGACCCGAAUUCUGUUGUUCAGACAUCUGGGGUUGCUGAGCAAGUUGUGGAUGAUGCUGUUGAUGAGCGAAGGCUCAUAUCUUUUAGAAAACACAAACCACCCGUAUUUUUGGGGUCAAAGGACCCGAAGGAAGUUACCACAUGGCUGAGAGGGACAGAUAAGAUAUUACAGGUUAUGAGGUACCAGGAUCCUCAGAAAUUAUUGUACUCUGUGUAUAUGUUGGAGGGUGAUGCCCACGAGUGGUGGUGCAAUGUAACUCGCCCUUUUACUAUUCCAGGUGAAGAGCUGAUAUGGGCCUUAUUUGAAGGCUUGUUCCAUGAAGAAUAUUUUCCCCGAGAUAUCUGGGAGGCAAAGCAAGGAGAGUUUGAUAAGCUUGUACAAGGGUCGAUGACAGUGGAUGCCUACUUGGCUAAAUUCAAUGAGUUGGUAAAGUUUGCCAAUUAUGGGGGUACUCUACCUAUGCCCGAGUUCUUAUCUGCUAAGUUUCAAAGAGGGCUGAGUGAAAAGAUUGCCAAGAGGAUGUCAAAUACGGCAGUGAGAAAUUUGUUGUGUUAA